CCGCCGUGGAUCCGAGAGGGUCGCGGGGCGCCCAGCCCCCUACACCCGUCGACGGUGGCCGCAACCCGAUUGGUCGAUGGAGCGCCCCGUACGCGUAUAACAGCACUCGGUUAGCACACGUUCGCGGACACACCGCUGCCGUCGGAGCGGCACGUACCGCAGUCGCGACGCGCGCCGCUAGACGGUAUACACCGCCGGCAUCGGUCUCAGUCACUCACCGCGACAACAGUGGUGCGCACCCACAGUUGCCGGCAUCAUUGGACGAGAGUCCGUUGCGCGAUGUAUUAACACAACGAUUUUGAUUAUUAUUUUAUUGCGAUCGCGCUACCGUUAACAACACAUCAUCACUUUUUUACUACUACAUUUAUCUUAUACGUCAGAGGCGCGCCAUGACCGAUUACGCGCAGGCAGCGGCGGCCGAACCGUCGUGGACUUGGUGGAUGACCAAUGCGGCAGCGGCGGCCAUGCGGAUGCGAAACCUCCGGGACCAUCAUGCCGGCAGCGACGCGGUGGACGACGAGUUCGUCGGACCGAACAGGAAACGACAACGAGUUGGCCACGUCAAGGGUGAGUAUUGGACGAACGCUUUCGGUGAUGUCGACGAUGAGCACGAGAGCGGGUCGCCGACAAAUGACCUGACGGCCGCAGGACCGUUAGACUUGUCCGUGAAAGCCACUGUGGCCGCACGAAUAAUCGACGGGCUCGGGGGCACCGGUGGCCGAGACGAGUACAAGCCCUGCACGACACCCGUUAAGAAGCACACCAACAGUACCACCAACGGUAAGUCGUCGAAAAAGGCGUCCAGCAAAACGACGAACGGUGGCGGAAACCCGGCCGCGGUAAGAGCGGCGACCCGGAAGCUGCUGCCGCAGCUGGACCAACGUGUAGACCGGUCAUCUCCCGUGUCCGGCACGAUAAUCGUGCCGGCGUCACCGGAGGACUCAAAGAACGUGUCGUCGCAUCAGACCACGAACGCGACGACGGACUGCGGUGACGGCGACCGGGACGACGACUACGAAGGGGCUGACAUCGAUCCCGAGUUCAACGUCGUGGUGGCCACCGACGAGGCUCGCCGCCGCUUGGAGAGCAUACCGAACGCGCUCGGCCCAUACCGGUGCCGGCUGUGCAGCGUCCAGUACGUGGACGCGUUCGCGCUGGCCCGGCAUCGGUGCCGGUGCAUCGUGCACGUCCGGUACCGGUGUCCUGAGUGCGACAAGGUGUUUCAGUGUCCGGCCAACCUGGCGUCCCACCGUCGAUGGCACGGCACUGGAAGCAACGCGAAAACGCCCGGCGGUAACCGCAACACCAAGAGCUUCAACGACAGCGGUGUCAAACCCGAGGUGGCCGCGGUCAGCGAUACCGAUGAUGCCGUCGCCAACAGUAACACAACGACGACGACCACCACCACCAUCUCCACCACCUGUACCGCCGCUUCUGCGUCCGCUAUAACGACAGCGGCAGGGUUCAAAAAAAAUAUGCUGCAACGAGCUGCACAGGCCGCAGCAGCGGCCGCUGUCGCCAACAACAACAACAUCAACAACAAUACCGUCAUCGAUAACGGCAACGCGUAAAUCGACAACCGCAUCGUCGUCAACGGUAUUAAAAAAUAUUUUCAUUUCUCUCUAUACGCAUUGGUAUUAUGUUAUCGGUAUAAUCGAUCAAAUUGAUUGACGCACAGUGUUGAUAAAUUAGGUUUAUGAACCGUAAUAAACGGACUAACAUCUUGACAUUUUUAUGCACUCGGAAGCCCCACGACGGUUUACCAUUUCGAUAAAUAAUAUUCCCAUCACUAUCCCGCCACUACGGAACAGUAAACAUUCAUAAAACGUCCUAUUUAAAUGUACAAGAAUCGGCAACAAUUUGAAAAAUAUUCUAGUCAAAUAAAUGGCUCUAAUAGUUUUACUAGUUUUAGUCACUUUAUGCUCGUGUUAUGCAAUAUUCGUGUACGCUGCGUGUAAAACAUAUAUUCUGGUCAUAAUACAUACGUGUACACGUACAGUAGUUGACAAAUGUAAAUACAUUUAUACCUAUAAAUAUACGUACACUUAUACCUACGUUCAGAUAAACGAUAGGGCUU